UCUCUCUAAUGAAUCCAAUGUUAAAAUGAUUGGUGAUUGUUUUAUCUUUUCAUUUUUCAAAAAAGCAAAUUUUAAAACACAGAGGUAUAUUAACAUCUCUCAAAAAUUAACAGAUACAUUAAAACAAAGAUGGUCCGGAGCGAACAGUCUAUGACUUACAUGAAAAGAUAAACGUUCGUGCAAAAACUAGUUCAGACCCAUCAGUCGAUGAGGAUUGUUGUUAGGUUCCACCACCGCCCGCUCGCCACAAAGAAGCAACCCUCCCUGCAUCACACAUCACACAUUUCUGAGUUUUUUGGUUAAUUGUUUUACUUUGCUUUGUUUUGUUCUGUUUUAUUGGGAGGUUGUUGUUUUUUGUUUGUUUGCUUUUUUUUUUUGGUUGGGGGGGAUUCCGCUGUAUUUUCUGGUCACAGGAGUUGCCACGUUCUGGUCGAUACAUAAGACGGACAGGUCCCCAAUCUUCGUUUACAUUCACUUAAAACACUUGAGAGGGACAUGUAAUUUAUGAACAUCAGCACUUCUCUGACCCUUAAGGUACAUGUCAGCUUUGCCUUGCCCUGACCUCUAACAGCUGGCGGAAAACGUCUGAUCUCCAACUGCUGGCAGUCAUUUUAAUAAACUAUUUUGUUAUUCAUUUUACUAUGAUAUAACUUUCAUCUCAUAUGCAUUCUAUGUUUGUGUCUUUUUCCUGUGAAGCGCCGUUAACCCUACCUAUAGGAUUGAGAUAUGGAGCUGUAUAAGUUGUUUUUUAUUUUUAUUAUUGUUGUUGUUGUUGUUAAUUAUUUUCUUGAAAUCAUUUAUUCGAUUUUUAUUUGUUUGGGGAUUUUUUCAUUUUUCUUUUUUUUUUUUCUUUUGGUGUGUUUUGUUUAGUAGUAGUAGUAUUUUGGAGGAGGAUAACAGCUGUAAAAAUGCGAAGCGACACACUCGACCAGAAUCGCAGAAAAUUCUAAGCACCUCUGUGUGUGUGACCACCCACCCAUCGUAGACAGGCCUCCCUCCAAAACUCCUCCACCUCCCACCUUUCAACAGACGACCGUUGUGUCCACCAGAGUUGUGGGGAGGGGGAAAUAACCAAGAGAGAGACAGAGAGCGCUCGAAAGGAAAGGGGCGCUACCCAGUGGGCCGGCCUGAGCUGGCAGGGCAGCGGAGGAGAGAUUGAUCCCUCCGUGCGUUGCCUCCCACCGCCGCUGGCACGGGGGAUGAAGGGCCGUGUGCUGACGGUGGCGGUGCGCUGUUCGAUGGUCUUUUGAUGCUUCGGAGCAUCGUCCGUGCUGUUGUCGUUGUCAGUGCACGCUGCCUGCUGGUCCAGCGGCAGGUAGACCACGUCAUCCUGCUUCUGUGCUGAUCGGCCACACAUCGGGGACUGAGCAGUUACCCAGGUUGUUCCUCAAGGUGAGAUUUGCUGACGACGGUUGCGGGAGAGCAGACUGCGGUUAUCUGUAGACAAGCAGUCGCCCUGAUCACCCUCUGGUUACUGUUUCGUCAGACUCACAUCAGCAGUUAACGUGCCCCAGCCAUGCGGAGCUGUUUGAUGUUCCUAACCUGCAGACAAUAAACAUGGCUGACAACCUCUUCCGGUUUGUGUCAAGGUCAUUGUGGGCUUGACGUUGGCGCCAAUGAGCGCCAUCUGGUAAAGAACAUAUUGGAAUAGAUGGGUGAUGGUGACAAUGUACAAUGGCUUUACGCUGCUGCUACCGUCUGUUCGUCUGGAUGUAUUGUCUCCCCCUGACAGCACACAUCAUGGUGCAAGCACGCGAACAGGAGAAGGUUAUCCAGGUGGUGGACGUGGUCGAGAUGAAGGAAGGGGUCGAAGGGUCAGCCGCCGCUUCCUCCUCCUCCUCUACUUCCCUGCAGCCUUCUUCCAGCGGUCCCCCGACCAUCGAGAAUCACCAACCAACCGUUGAGCAUCACCACCCGACUGUCGAUCACCAGCCUCUGCCCCAGCUCCGUUAUCAGAAGGCCCUGCGCCCAGAGGAGAGACAAGGAAACCUUCCAGACGAACAGCGGCUUCUCAACUACAUCAUGCGGGGGUACGAGAAGUCAGUGCGGCCAGUGCGGAAUGCCUCCACUCCUGUAGUCAUUAGAAUGGGAUUGACCCUCACCCAGAUAUUUGACAUGGACGAAAAAGACCAAGUUCUUGUGACAAAUGUGUGGCUAGAUCAGGAAUGGGUGGAUGAGUUUCUCGUCUGGGACCCGAUGGACUUCAACAACAUCACAAUGUUGCGGAUUCCUUGCCACAAGAUCUGGCUUCCGGAUAUCGUCCUCUACAACAAUGCUGCUGAAUACACUGACGGCCUGAUGCCGGCCAACGCCAUGAUUGACCACACUGGCAACGUCUUUUGGCCCGUCCCAACCAAGCUGCAAAGUUCGUGCAAAGUGGACGUCACUUACUUCCCCUUCGACUACCAGACCUGCAAACUCAAGUUCGGCUCUUGGACCUACGACGGCUACCAGGUCGACAUCACCAAUCGGACAACAGAGGUCGACCUGUCCAACUACGUGGUCAACGGCGAAUGGGAGCUUAUCUACAUUCGCAUCGUCCGUAACGUUGUGCGCUACGCCUGCUGUGACGAACCUUUCCCUGACGUCACAUUCUACGUCAGAAUCCGGCGUCGAACGCUGUACUACAUGUACAAUGUUGUCUUCCCCUGCGUCAUGAUGUCGGCGCUGACGCUGCUGGUGUUCUGCCUCCCGCCCGACAGCGGCGAGAAGAUCGCCCUGGGCAUCACCGUGCUACUGGCCUUCUCCGUCUUCAUGCUGGCCGUGGCCGAGAACCUCCCCGAAACCUCCGAGUUCGUGCCCCUCAUCAGUAUUUAUCUGACCAUCGUGAUGUCCUUGACCUCCAUAUCAGUGAUCAUGACGGUGUUUGUGCUCAACCUCCAUCACCGAGGCCCCGACAAGCGCGACAUUCCGCCCUGGCUGCGCGCGCUGUUCAUGGGCAACGUGCGCACUCGCAGCUCUUUCAUGAGCCGCCGCAGCUACAACUACGCCGCCAACGACGCCGCCGGCCAUCUGAUGCGCAACAUGUCCCUCAAGGUGACCUUGGAGAACCUGGCCCACGAGCUGCGCGAGGAGAUGUGCGUGGAGAAUGGGGGGCUUCCGGAGGGGGGUGGGCACGCAGACUCUUCCGCUGCGCACGUGCAUCAGUCGCCGCCUCGCUCUCCGCGGUCCGUCCCUGUCACUUCAGUGCCGCCCCCGCCAGCGCCAGCGCCACCGCCACCGCCACAGCCUCCGCUGCCGCCAAUGUCUUCCAGUCCAUCGCCUUGCGGUCUGUGCCGGCGAGGCUGCGACGUCCACCAGCAGGUGCCGCACGUGCACCAACCGUUCUCCCCGGGCCUGUCGCAGCAACAACAGCAGCAGCAGCCGUCGCUCGCAGAUCCUGCUCACGGCCACGUCUUCCAGCACGGCCACAACAAACAUCCACAUCCACAUUUGCACCAGCAGAACCAACAACAGCAACAGCAGGCGCCAGGCAGCUGCCGCAGGAAGAACGCACUACUACGAGGACGUGCUGAUGUCCCUCACGCGCAUCCUGGAGCGCCACGAGCGCGAAGAGCGAGAAUUCGAGUCCGUGCAGGAGUGGCGACGCCUGGCCCAGACUGUCGACCGCAUCCUUUUCUUCUUCUUUCUCUUCCUCACCGUCGCUUCCACUCUGGCCAUCCUCGUCAUCACACCUGCUGUACAGGAAUGAGGACAAGUGCACCGCACAAGAGUCAGAACAGCUGCACUUCAAUAAUCCGGACAGCUGCACAAUAGACAUCCGAAAUAUUGUUGUUUCAACGAUCCAGACGUCUGCGUUAUAAAAAUUUCGGAAGCUGAACUGCACGAAUCCGGAAAUCUGCAUUGCAACAAUCUGGAAGUCUGCUCAGCAAAUAAUCCAGAGUUGCACUUCAAGGAUCUGGACAUUUGGACUGCAAGAUCCCGAAGAAGACAGCCCCCGUGUUAUAACCUCGGUGUAUCUUUGGAACUAGGAGAGACUGUCGGAAAAAAGUUUAUUGAUUUUUCAAUAUUCAACUUGUUAAGCUGGCUUGACAUCUGAUUUCACGAAUAAUUUUAUCAGACGGUAUUGUUUCUUUACUUCAACAUGUCUGGUGUCCAAAUAUAAAUUUGGAGGGAAAUGAGUUUGUGUGUAUGUGGGUUGGUGUGUGUUUGUGAGAGAGAGAGACAUUGGCAGUAAGUUCUCUCUCUCUCUUGCAUGACAACGCAAAAUGAGGUACAAGUGGAAAAAAAUGGUUGUUUUUUUUCCAGUCAGCCAUAUCUCGCUUGAUGUUAUGAAACCAAAGACUGGAUUAACAUCAAAUCCUAGUUGAUCUAAGCUACAGAGAAAACGGAGUUAAAAUCCAUCGAGCGAACAAGAUAUGCAGGAAAACAAGACUAUGUCUGCACUUUUAAAUUCCUUCAUACAUGUCCACAGACCUUCCAUUUUCUGGUUCUUUUUAUAAGCGACAUCACGUGCUGCGUAUGUUCGGAGUCCGCAAAAGGCUGACAUCAUUUGCAUCGGCUGGAGCACGUACAACCUUGAGAAGUACAUCAAAAGAAGAUAACUCUGACAGUUAUGAUGUGUUAUGUUGAGAAUUGUCGACGACUGUUCCGGGGAGACGACCACUCCUCGGCAGGGUUCAGUGGACUCGAUGGAGUUUGUGCUUUCAUUGCCAAGUCGAAUUCGCUUUGAGACUUUCAAUCUCUGGCUUCCCCAUCAGCCAUUUACCUAGAGCAUUUUCAGCUUGUGACCAGGAUGGGCAGGCUCUUGACACUGUGCAGGGUCUGUUGGGCAGGGCCGGUGCAUAGAAGGCUUUGAGUGAGCCGCGGCAGCGAUUGCACUAACACGAAUUUGAUUUUCGCCGAUUACAAUCCUCAUUCCAAAUAUUUACUUUGCAAAUACGCGUCAACAAAUGCGUACACACUUCAGAAGGAGCGCGGGAGGGGAGAAGGCGGAGGAGGUGGGGGUAGGUCGGCGGGGAUGGUUGCGGGCGGGGAUGGGUGGGUGGGUGGUAAAGGGUAGUCACUAUGGCGGUCCGUUUUGCAGAUCAAUGCGCCAUCACUUAUCGAGAAUUUUCUGCAACAUUUGCUUCCUUAAACAGUUCUGGCGCCAUUCCGUCAAUAGCAAUUGAGAAAACGCACUAAGGAAGAUGAAUCGUCUGCAAGUCUUGGGAGUUUUUAUUUUUUAUUUUUUUCCUCUCUUGAUGUUCCUCGAAUUGCAGACCAAGCUAUCGACGAUGCCUCGGCUGCUGAGGGGUUAACCUUUUGCAAGAAAUCUCCGGAAGCUACUCAGUAUUUAUUCAGGGCUGGUUGCAUUUCUUUAUGGGUUUGAAGGUGUUUUUUUGCUAUUACUGGAAGGGGUUUGGGGGAGGAAUUUUUAGUUCAGUUUUUAUUUAUGUAUUUAUUUUGUGCAGAAAGGAUGCCAAGUUUGUCGGUCAACACGACUCGCUGACGUCCUGUUGCCUUUGAGGCAUUUUAGUAUUUGUCUUUCCCCGUAUCUGUGGAUAUAGAGAGAGUAUAAUCGUGUUUUCUAAUCUGUCAAACAAGAAUACCUGAAUGUCCAGUGAAAAAGCCAGUUUUUUUCAGUGAAACUAAAAAGAAUCAAGGCAUAAUAAACACAUGAAAGCAAACUCCUUAGAAGCUGUCCUUCAAAAACUAUAUUAAAUCUCUCUCUCUCUGCCUCUCUGCCUCUCUCUCUGCCUCUCUCUCUGCUCUCUCUCUCUCUCUCUCUCUGCCUCUCUCUCUCUGCCUCUCUCUCUCUGCCUCUCUCUCUCUGGCUCUCUCUCUCUGUGAGUUAUUAUCUUAGCACUGGUUAUUCUGAUUGCGGUAUUGCAAAUCUUGUUAUGGUGUUUCUUACCCCAUAGGUCUGAUAGUCAAACAAUUAGUAUACUUAUUUUGCCAAAAAUGUGAACUAUUUUGCCUCAGACUGUGCCAAUAGCGACUUACUCCAGUUUCUUCUCCGAUAUAUAGCAUCGUCUCUGAAAUUUACCUCUCUUGCCUUGGGAAGGCCCUGCAAUGCGUUCACGGAUUACCCUCUACAAGACACAACAUCGGGAUUACUUCUUAUCCCUCGGCACGAAGGAUGGUAAAAUAGUUUAAUGGAUUCUAUGGCAUUGUCGUGAAAACGUCCUGCAUAAAAAUAAGAAGAAAACGAUUGAUUAGUACAUAAAAACUGUCGAUCUUGGGAAAGCGUGAAACGAUUUCACACAAAACACGAAACUAAUGCUGGAGGUCAAGCCUCCACAGGUGCAUGUAGUUGAACUGUGACAGGCUUUGUGCAAUUUAAGCAUCCUUGUCCAGCUAAAAAAAGGAACUGAGACACAUUCGUUUACUGAGCUACUCCUGAAAGAUAAUUUUCCGAAGUACCUGGAACGCCUACAGAAAAUAUAUGGAUUAUUUUGGGUGAUCAGUGAAUAAUGCUUUACAGAUAUGAACACUGUGAACAACUCCAACAGCUUAGACCCAAUGAUAACAUUGAUUAUCUUCUCGAGACAUCUGCGCGCUUAAUUUUCUCAAUUCUUGUGCUUUUGUCGUGUCAUUUUGUUUCUUUCUUGCCCAAUGACAAUUUGCCCUGUAUGAUGACACGGGUAUUUCAGGGUGUGAAAAACGCUGAAUUACUUCAGCUUUCAAAGCGCAUGAACACUUUUUGGACCUGGAAAAUUAAUUUUUCCGCUAGGUGCAUUUCGACUCAUCCUUUUUUUAAUGUUUGCUUAAUAUCUCGAUAAUGAGGUCACGAAUCCGAUUCAUCACCAGAAUUCUAUUCUUUAGUGUUCAAUAAAGCGACUAACCUGAAGAAUUUUUCUUAGACGGCAUGGAACGAACAUAUUUAGGUGUGCGUGUGCGUGUGCGUUUGUGUGUGGCAAGAGUGGGUGGAAAUAAGUGAGGAAGGGAGGUGGCGUAAAGCGGAUAAUGCACAUUUGUGUGUUUCGUGUGAUGACUGUCAUGAGCAUGAUCAUUUGAUAAUAUGCUAUCAGCAGAAGUAAAAGAAAGCACAAAGCAAAUAGAGAGAAAAAAAUAAAAAGGAAAAGAGAGAAGAAAUCAACAAAAGAAAAAUAUCAAAAAAGAAGGAAGAAAAUAAGGAACCAAAAGAAAGAAAUUUUA